AUGUUGAAGGUGAGUUAUGGUGAACAACUGGACAUGGGUAUUUUGGAGAAUAAUGUUAGGGUGACCUAUCCUGUGGCUAGGUUUUUUCAUGAGGUUGAAGAAGAAGUUUGGAUGAAUGUAAUCAAAGUGAAUGUGAUAGGUACAGGUUUGGUAACAAGAGUUGUGAUUGAAGGAACAGUUGAGAGGAAAAGAGGUGUCAUUGUUAAUAUUGGUUCUAGUUAUGUCAUUGUUCUACCUUCACACCGUCUCUAUCCGACCUAUGAUGUGUGCAAAUGGUAA